CUCCAGUUGACAUCAGUGCGGCUUGCUAGUAGGGUGUUGGGUUUAUUUUCACCGACCGUGUGUGGCUUUGGACAUAUAUGGACAGACGUGUGUAAUAUAAUGGAGACCAGCAGUAAUGCCACAGCCCAGAUUGAUGCUGGUGGUGACGGGAGAUGAUUUUGGAUACUGUCCCAGGAGGAACCAGGGGAUUGUGGACUGCUUUCAGGCUGGAGGAAUUUCCAAUGUGUCACUGCUGGUUAACGCAUGUGCUGCCAGAGAGGCAGCAGAUCUGGCUAAAAGGCACAACAUCCCCAUCGGUCUCCAUGCCAACCUAUCAGAGGGCAUUCCAACAUGUCAGAGUCUUCAGCAGGCCUCCACGCUGAUAAACCACAGUGGCUUCUUCCAUGGGAAAGUGGGCUUCCGUCAGGCCCUGGAGAGAGGUCAGCUCAGCAUGAAGCAGGUGGAGCAGGAGUUGAGGGCCCAGGUCAGGCUAUUCAGGGAGCUGACAGGUCACCUGCCCCACCACAUGGAUGGACACCAACACGUUCAUGUACUGCCAGAAGUGCGUGAGGUGUUUGCACAGGUCAUGUCUGAUCUCAGGAUUCCAUAUACUCGUGUUCCAGUGGAGAGAGGUUUACACAGCUGCCCUUGGCUGCCAGCACACCUCCAAAGAUUCUACACACAGGUGGAGAAGGAUGCUCUGGACUCCAUCCCUGUCUUCACACGCUAUGGAAUCAGAUGGCCAGAUGUGUAUCUGGGACUGACCACCAUGGGCCAGAACAUGUCCAUCCCCAACCUGCAGAGAGCCCUCAACCAUGCUUUGGCUGCAGUGUCAUCAGGCACUACCUCCAGCAGUGCAUCAGGGUGUAAUAAACCUGUGGUCACAGCAGAGCUGAUGGUCCACCCAGGUUACCCCAGUCACCCCCAGGAAGGAGGCUGUGGAGAGGGUCCAGAUGAAUUCUCCCAGUCAGCUGACAGACAGCAUGAGCUGAGCAUGCUCAGAGACCCAUCCCUGUUGGCCCUCUACAGCCAGAAGAGAGUGCAGCUCUGUGCCUUCAAAGACCUCUGAGUACUAUUGUGUAAAAUGACAAACAUGUUUACCUGUAGAGAGCCAAAGCGAAACCCAAUUUCUCAGGUUCUGUUCCAGAAUUAAAAAAAUAAAGUUAUUUAAAUUCACAAUCAUAUUUGUAGCUAGAAAAUUCCCUCUGGGAAAUUUUGAAAGGGACACGGGGGGCUACUGCCGGGGGAACCAUCUCUGUCAACUUUCACAUGAUUAUCUUUCACUGAGCAAUGAUU